AUGUCUAGACCUGGUCAUCAAGGCAACGAGCGGCCCAGCUUCAGCGGCAGUAGCAUCGGCGCGGGCAACGGCUACGUCUGUCCUGCCUUCUCGGCACAAGGAGUAUCCUUUGCAGACGGAGCGUCCUUGUACACUUCAGCCGCCAGUCCUCACACUAUGCAGUCUCUCUACGGCAACUCUGGCAACCAGAUUGCCUUUGCUCAACAAUCGCAGCCUCAGUAUGCGCACAGGUCUCAGGCCUCAGAUCCAGCACUGAUGACCCACUCUCGCCGUACUUCGAACAACAGCCCGCCGAUGGCCUCCUCCUCAACCAAAGCUCAGCAGCAGCUGCUCGCCGACGACGGGGAUGACGAUGGUGAUGCCGCAGGCAAGCGACGCAGAGUCCAGCGGGCUUGUGAUGUCUGCAGGCGCAAAAAGGUACGCUGCGAUGGACCUCAACCGGGCAAAGGAGCCUGCACGAAUUGCAUCACGUACGGCCAAGUCUGCAGGUUUGAAGAAGCGACAAAGAGGAGAGCCCCGCCGAGGAGUUAUACGGAAGCCUUGGAGACUCGCAUGGACAAGGUUGAACAGCUUCUCAGCGAAUUGGCUCCAGGCGUAGACUUCUCCGACCGCAUUGGCCUCCCCGUACGAUUACCCGAUGACCUUCCAAAAGACCAAAGCAAGGCCGGUUCACCCUCGAGGCCUCAAUUCGUCAAGCCUCCUCCCGUUCCCGAGCCUACUGAAUCUGCACGUUCAGUGCUACCACUUGAUGUGAGCGAGCGCGAUUCGAUGAUCGCUCGACUGGGAGGCAAGCUUCGCAUCAAGUCAGAAGAUUCUGACGAAGAUGAUCGGGAACGCGAAGACGAUGAUGAGAGUGCGGACUCCUACAGUCAUGUAGAAGACGUCGCCUAUGUCAGCUCGAGGGCACCAGCAGGCACGCUCGACAGGCUUUCACCCCCUCGCCUACUGUCUACACCUUCAGCUGUUUCCGGAUCAAAAGGCGCCGAAGGUCUCUCUGACGAACAACGAGGUCAAGCCGCAUCUUUCAUUGGCAAUUCCAGCGCCUUCCAUCUGAUACCCGCCCUGGAGCGAAUGAACAAGAAGACAGAGUCGGAAUUAUCCCAACACCUUGCCUGCAACGUCGUCGAUCGCAUGCCUCAGUUUCCCGGGAUGCGACCAGAGUUCUGGGCCAUUCCCCGCUGCCUAACGAUUUCUUUAUGGGAUGAUGAAGAGACGAAAGAAUUCGACAUCAUUCGACAAGCCUGGCCCGAACCUGACCUGGAGCAGAAGCUGGUAGACGCAUAUUUUAUGCGCCCUCACAAUGACUAUCCGGUGUUGUGUGAACCACAGUUCAGGGCAGAUUUGAAGGACCCCAGCAAGAGGCAAAACCGCGAAUGGGUCUUGCUCGCCACGUCUGUAUUCGCUGUCGCCAGUCUGUAUUGUGACGACGAUCGAGUUCUCGAAAAGGGAUACAAGGAAGAUGCUCUGCAUGGAACUCGAGGAGCGCGAUGGUACAACACCUGUCGGCGGAUUGGAUUCCGUCUAACCUGGCCAAGCCCUUCUUUGAGUCACACGCAGUUCAUGCUGCUGAUCAUCGUGUACCUCCUCAGUACACACUUGGCUCAAAGCGUCGCCUGGAGCUUCCUGGGUGCCGUCUUCAGACUUCUUCAAUUUGCCGGCGCUCAUCGCAAGAUCACAGCGGCUCGUCUACAGUAUCCCCUUCACAUUGAGGAAGCCUGGCGCCGUGUCUGGUGGACUGCGUACUCGCUCGAUCGUGAAAUGGCUACUAUGUUCGGUCGGCCAGUGGCAGUACAGGAUGAGGACUUUGACGUCGAUCCGCCCUUGGCCCUCGACGACUACCUGCUGAUGCAGGGCAAGAAUGCAGAUGGUACGCUACCCAAGCAGCCUGUCGGUGCGCCACCUCGCAUUGACGGAUUCGCUUGUCGUCUCAAGCUCGACGAGAUUGUCGGUAAGACAUUGCGAACCAUUUAUGCCAUUGGUAAGGCCAAAGCCAGUCGAGGCAUUGCUGGCAAGGGAUGGGAUCAAUUGAUCGUAGCUGAUCUUGACUCUAUGCUCAACCAAUGGCUGGACACUGUACCUGCCCACUUGCGCUACGACCCUGACGAGCCCAAUGAGGAGCAUCUGAUCCAAAGCACUCAGCUCCACGCCAAGUACUACUAUGCGCAGAUUCUUGUGCAUCGGCCCUUCAUCGUAGGGCCUCGGGUCAAUUCUUCCCUCAACUUCCCUUCGCUGGCCAUCGUCACCAAUGCGGCUCGCUUGGCCGCACAGAUGCUGCACAAUCUUUCGAAGCGGGGCGUUGUGCGAUCUGCGGGUAUGUUGGCAACUGCACUAGCCUUUGAGUGUGGCUGUGUCUUGCAGCUUGUCCGAUGGGGCUCGAAACGCAGUGGAUUGCGAACAUCUUCGGGAGCGAUGGAUGACAUCAACAAGUGCCUUGAGGUGCUGAAGGAUCUGGAAGAUCGUUGGCCAUUGGGUGGCAAGCUCUACGAUCUGUUGCGGAUCUUGCUCAAGGCGAGCGAUACUGGCGAUAGCGAGGGUGACGUAGACCAGCUUCAAUCGAAGAGAAAGGCCGGUAAGGAGGGCAAGGAAGCAGCGGCAGCAGCUGAUACCUCUACUGAAGACAUCAACAUGACUAGUCGUCCGGUGGUCGGUUUGCACCGAAGUAGACACGUUCCUAGCAGCUCGGCGGAUCUCCAAAAGGGCCUUCCAGGCAAUGCUGCCUAUGCGCUGCCCCUCUCGACUCAAGAUUUGGGUGUGACUCCUAUGACCUCGACGCCCGAGGUGUCGUCCGAAGAUGCUUCGCCUGCGAGUGUCGCAGCUUAUUCUGCUGGUGCUCAAGACGCAGGCGUCCGAGGUGGCAGACAGAUCCCCGGUCAAUCUCACCCGUCGUCGUCUUCCGCUGGCGCUGGAGCUCAGUGGUCUGAUGGACAGGCCAAUCAGUCUUCCUCUUCUCUUCAUGAGACGAAUCAGCAGCCCUACGACCGGCGUCAACAGCGUUUCAUUGAAUCACUGGCUAGUCUGCACGGGUCCAACGAGGGCGGCGCGAGUGUCAACCCGAACUUCUUCGAUGCCACCUUCCCGAGCCCUCUUGACCUGCCAACCUUCUCUUCGGCGCUCUUUGCCCAAGGAGGGGGCGGUGGUAGUAUUGGCGGCGGUGGAAGUGGUAACGUGACCGGAGGUCAAUCUUCUGGUGUUGCGACAGGCUUUGGCAAUGCUGGUGCAGGGGUAGGCGACGGCAAUCCUAGCCUCACACCGGGCUUCAGUAGCUUCUUCGGAAGCACAGGCCUGACGCCAUUUGUUGACUACGGAGCCAGCGGGGUGGGAGGCAUGGAUCACCAGCAGCAACAACAGCAACAGCAGCAGCAGCAGCAGCAGCAGCAGCACGGCACAUACACAGGUCAAGAUGGCACUCAAUCACAGAUGGACCAGCAGCAGCAGCAGCAGCAGCAGCACCAGCCCAUGGCCGUAGGAGGGGAGGACGACCCCUUUGGCUACGUUUUCCGGGACCUCUGGGCUGCUCAGGACUACUUUACCGAAGCUGGGGCCGGGGCGACAAGUGGUCCCAACUUGCACUUUUGA